AUGGUAAGAACCAUCAAAAUAUUCAUACUAUUUAUAACGCUAGCAAUUGCCUCCCUUUCGGAGGGAAAUGUUCUCGAACUACUAGGGAAAAGAUUGGGACUUAAGCCGCUUGUUUUCAAAGCAAAACCACACAAACGAGCCGUCCCAUUUGCCUAUAAAUUUCAUGUAGCACCCUAUCCUCCACCAUCGAAGCCUUAUCCACCGGCGAAACAACCUCCCACCCAUUAUGGGCCUCCAACAACCGUUACACUACCGCCCCCACCGCCACCACCAACUACUACCUUACCGCCACCGACUACAACCCUACCACCAACAACCACCACUCCGACGGUACCACCGGCGCCAUAUCCAGCGCCAACCUAUGGCCCACCUCAUGAAGUGUACGGACCUCCUCCUCAGCCAACAACCACCACUCCAGUGCCAUCAGCGCCAUAUCCGGCGCCAACUUAUGGCCCGCCUCAUGAAGUGUACGGACUUCCUCCGCAGCCAACAACCACCACUCCAGUGCCAUCAGCGCCAUAUCCGGCACCUACUUAUGGUCCACCUCACGAAGUGUACGGACUUCCUCCUCAGCUACAUGAAACGUAUGGUGUCCAAUCUCAGCCAUCCCAUAAUCCCGAAGAUUGUCCCGAGACGGUGCUACAGAGUAAUCUGUACAAUUUAGACAACACAUUUGGUGUAAACCCAUCCAGCCAAGUGGUUGUAUAUCCUGCCGUUCCAGUGAAUUCGCAACCUGAAAAUGGGGGAACAUACUGGCAAACCGUCGUUAAUCCAGCAUCUCUGUCAGGGCAAGUUGGAGGACACCUAGCGGUACAAAAUCUCGGACCCGUAGCCGACCUGCCAGUCCCGUAUCAGAACGGACUCAGCGUACCCGAUGUAGCCAAUCCAAAUCUGUUCGUCGACGUGGGAGUAGCUUGGGGAACACCAACUGGGGCAGCGGUGGUACCCCCUGAACAGUACGGACCAGCGUACUAG